AUGAACGAACAGGCCCAGAGACACAACCGGAAGAGGAUCACUCUUGCGUGCAACGGCUGUCGGGCCAAGAGAACAAAGGUUACUAAUAGCAUCGGAAAACACACUGGACUGAGUUUUGCGUCUAAUAUGAAGAUCCUCCCUAGUGCGACGGCCAGCAACCGCAGUGUGGUGCCUGCAAAUAUCGUCGAGAAACGCACACCGCUAAACAUCAACAAUAGGCGCCCCAGUAACGCAUACAUCCUUGCGUUAGAAGCACGGGUUGCUAGUCUAGAAAAGAGGCUAGCCGCCUAUUCCGAUGUCUCCCAGUCACUUUCCGGCGAGAGUGAACCCCUCCACGGCGAAGAUGACGCUACAAUCAUUCCAGGAAAAGAGCCCGCCUCAGUGGAGGGCGAUUCGUCAGGAGAGGACGAGGUAGACGACUUGGCUGAUGCUCUCGGGUGCUUUACCCUAGGUGAUUACGGUGAGCUGCGGUUCUUUGGCGCAUCGAGCAACUUCAGUAUCAUCCAGAACCAUUCCCUCAAAGUCACCUCCUCCAUGGAUGCUCGGAAGCGUGGCCUCGAUGCCGCCUGCCAGAUCCCGACUUACUUUGAGCCCUCGGCAGAACUGCGCGACCAUCUACUGAGCAUCUUCUGGCGGUGGCAAAACUCCUGGCAAUAUAUCGACAGCGCCGCCUCACGAGCAAAGUGGCGCCAUGCAGCGCUUGAGUAUCUGCAUCAAGGCCCUGUACGAGAUGAACGAGACCUGGGACUGGGCGAACCGAUCCCUCCGGGCUAUUCUCUCUCUAGCAACGCAGUGGAAGAUCGACGUAUGGGCAUCCGGCCUGGCAGCCGAGACUGCCUGUCACCUCGUCAGAUCCCAGACGAAGCGCCCGCGUUGGAAGCCACGGCGGCGGAGAUGUUUGAUGAAGCCUUCAACUUUUGGUCGUUCGAUCAGAACGGGAUGGACACGGCGUUUAACCUUUUCAACUAUGAUCAAGACGUUUGA